CUCUCUCUGGAUUGUUUGGAGAGAGAAAAGAGAAAAAACGAAAAUUAAAUAGUUUUACGCAACCUUUCUUCAUUCAUUCAUUCAGAAUUCCUCUCCGUCUUCCUCUCAAUCUCCCAAAGACAAAUUCGCAUUCAAAACACAUAUAUUAUUGCAGGUUCUAUAGAAGAUCUUCAUUUGAGAAAGAUAUUGAGGAUGCGGAGGUGGCUUUGUUGUAUCUGUCAAGUAGAAGAGUCGUAUCCAGCUCAUGAGACUGAACCUUUUAAAAGCCCGAGCAAUUAUGUAGAUGGACAUCACCAGAAGGGGACAAAGGGGAACGGUGCUGCCAAACAUGAAGUUCAGAAGGCUGUACCACCCAUUGAAGUGCCGGUACUGUCCUUGGAGGAGCUGAAAGAGAUAACUGAUAAUUUUGGAUCAAAGACUUUAAUUGGUGAAGGAUCAUAUGGACGAGCUUAUUAUGCAAUCUUGAAUGAUGGAAAGGCUGUUGCUGUUAAGAAACUUGACGUUUCUCUCGAACCAGAAUCAAACCAUGAGUUUCUAACUCAGGUAUCCAUGGUUUCAAGACUGAAACACGAAAACCUUGUUGAGCUGCAUGGAUAUUGCGUGGAAGGAAAUGUGCGCGUGCUGGCUUAUGAAUUCGCGACAAUGGGAUCCCUGCACGACAUUCUGCAUGGUAGAAAAGGAGUUCAAGGAGCACAGCCAGGUCCUUUGCUUGACUGGAUGCAGAGAGUUAGGAUUGCUGUUGAUGCUGCAAGGGGGUUAGAAUAUUUGCACGAAAAAACUCAACUUUCAAUUAUACACAGAGACGUAAGGUCAAGCAAUGUUCUUCUCUUUGAAGACUUUAAGGCUAAAGUAGCAGAUUUUAACCUUUCAAAUCAAACACCUGACAUGGCUGCUCGUCUUCAUUCUACUCGCGUCCUCGGAACCUUUGGUUACCAUGCACCAGAAUAUGCAAUGACUGGACAGUUGACACAGAAGAGCGACGUUUAUAGCUUUGGUGUUGUUCUAUUGGAACUUCUAACCGGAAGAAAGCCCGUUGAUCAUACAAUGCCUCGUGGACAGCAGAGUCUUGUUACAUGGGCCACACCUAGGCUAAGUGAGGAUAAGGUGAAGCAAUGUGUUGAUCCAAAAUUGAAGGGAGAAUAUCCUCCUAAAGGAAUUGCAAAGUUGGCGGCUGUAGCAGCAUUAUGUGUGCAAUAUGAAGCCGAGUUUCGGCCUAAUAUGAGCAUUGUUGUGAAGGCUCUCCAACCGCUGCUUAAACCGCCUCCUCUUGCUCCUGCUCCAUAGGUUUGAUGCACGGUUUCUUCCUUUGUCGAAAUGAUUUCUUCAUUGAGUUUUAUAUAUAUAUAUGUGUAUAACCAACUUACCUAUCAUAUUUUCAUUUUUUCAUGAGUUUGGUAUUUGUUGUAACUGGUUUUCGAAUAUUUAUUUGGCGGGUUUUGUUUGGAAAACUGGUUGUAUUGUAUUUGGGAUGAAUUUCUAUUUGACAGACAAAAGAAAAUGAUUGUUGAAUGGUAUAUGAAAUUGUUACCUAUUA